AAAAUUUUUGAAUUUCACCAUUUUAUUGAAAAUCAUAAAACAAGAAGGCAAGCUAGCUGUUUCAUCAAAGUUAAUUGAAAAAUGCCUCCCAAAACCAAAAAAGCAAAAGUUAACGAGGAGGCUGUUGAUUCUGGCUAUGUAGAUAAACGGAAGAGAAACAACGAUGCUGUCAAAAAAUCUCGAGACAAGACCAAGAAAAAAACAGAAGAAACAGUUGAAAAAGUUCAGAAAUUGAAAGAAAAGAAUAAAAAAUUGGAAGGAAAGAUUGAUGAGCAGAAAAAAACUAAAAAGUUUUUGAUAGAUUUGGCAAAGCAGAAAAAUUUGCCGGUCGAUGACGAUUCUGAAGACGAGGAUCUGAUUUCUGAUGAGGAAGGAACAGAUGAUGAUGACGAUGUAGAAAAAUCUAUUUCUGAAGAAUCUGAUGACUCAGAACCAGCUCCAGCUCGGAAACAACCAGCAAAGCGUAAAAAGAUCUGGAUCAACUGGGCUUCCUCCACCAACACAUGCUUCAGCGCCACUUAUUUCAAAUUGAAUUUCUCUAAUAACGGCAUCUUCAAGUUCCUUAUCGCAUUUUACAAAAUCAAAUUCAAUAUCACCAACGUUGUCGGAUAUGUUAUUGAUGAAUUCUUCAACUGUAUCAAUCAAUCCCAAUGCACGGAAAAUGACAUCUCUAAGAUCUGUUUUCAUUAAGGCUGCAAAGUCUUCUGGGCCAUCAUAAACUGUUGUCCGUGCGAACAAGUUGAAACCGAUGUUUUGGAUUUGAGCUGUUUUUAACUGAGCCUCAUGAUGAACACCAUUGAUAAAACUAUAAUUAUUGCGUAAUUCUGAGGCAUUCAUUAAAUUUAAUUUAAAAAGAUUUUACCUGUUCCAUGUAUUCAAAACAUUGUUGACUUGUGAAACACAACGAGCCAAUCGUUGACCGAAUCUAAUUAGAAUGAAAACUUAAAAAUCUUACGUAACAAUCACUUUUAUGUAAACUCCUACCGUUGUUUUUGAAGUUCAAAACGAUUUCUCCAUUGAUCAAUGCAAGCUUCUUGUGCUGGAUUUUGUGGUUGUAAGCUAUUGGUUUCCUAAACAACGAGCCAAACGUUGACCAACUUUGUUUUUGGAGUUCAAAACGAUUUCUCCAUUGAUUAAUACAUGCUUCUUGUCCUGGAUUUUGUGGUUGUAAGCUAUUGAUUUCCUCUCUAGCUUCAGCACCAUUAACGAAAAUGAAUUCGUAUGUUUCCAUAUGAGAAUCUAAUACUGCACGUGUGACGCGGUAAAUGUAUGAAGAAAGUUGUCCACGAUUGAGACCCAUGAGGGUUUCAAAGAAUCUAUGUGUAAGUCCUAACUCAUCCUGAACAGUUAAAACUGUUUCCUGUUGAGAGUAUGCACCGAGUGCAAAAGCAAACACUAAUAAUCCAGUAAUCAAUUUCAUUUUUGUUUCUUCUUCAAAUCACAAAACAGAACUAAAGCAAACUUACU